UGUGUGCGGGGGGCGAUCAGGAAGGACCCAAACAACAUGGACCCGGAAAUGCUGGGAGCAUGAAGUAAACAGUGGACUUAAAGCUUAAACUGUCGGCUCUCCAGCUCGUCCGGGCUCCUCCACCCUGGACACCAUGAACAGCGUGGCCCCUGAGGUCGCCCUGCAGAGGAUCGCCCCCGAGCUGCGGCCCCUGCUGUCCGGUGUUGUGCGGAACGGCCGCGUGGGACUGGACUCCACCAGCUGUCUGCGUGUCACAGACCUCAAGACUGGCUGUACAUCUCUGACCCCUGGUCCCUGCUGUGAUCGCUUCAAACUUCACAUCCCCUAUGCUGGAGAAACCCUGAAAUGGGAUAUCAUAUUCAAUGCACAGUAUCCAGAAUUGCCACCCGAUUUUAUUUUUGGAGAGGAUGCCGAGUUUCUCCCUGAACCGUCGGAACUACCGCACUUGGCCCGGUGGGAUGCUGGGGAUCCAGAAUGCUUGCUGCAGCUGGUGAAGGAGCUUCUCCAGCAGUACCACCAGUACCAAUGCCAGCGUCUGCGCGAGAGCUCCAGGCUGCUCUUCGAGUACGACAGUCUGCUGGAGGAUCCCAACUACGGCCGCAACAUGGAGAUUUAUGCCGGGCGCAAGAACAGCUGGACGGGAGAGUUCUCGGCCCGUUUCCUUCUCAAGCUCCCUGGGGACUUCAGCAACAUCCCUGUCUAUCUCCUUAAGGACACAGCGGUGGACCCUGGAGAGGACGUGGCCCUUCUCUCAGUGAGCUUUGAGGAUGCUGAGGCCACCCAAGUCUUCCCUAAACUCUACCUUUCUCCCAGCAUUGAACAUGCUCUGGGAGGCUCCUCAGCACUUCAUAUCCCAGCAUUCCCCAGUGGAGGAUGCCUAAUUGACUAUGUCCCCCAAGUGUGCCAGUUACUCAACAACAAGGUGCAGUAUGUCAUCCAAGGCUAUCACAAGAGGAGAGAGUACAUUGCCGCCUUCCUCAGCCACUUUGGAAUGGGCGUGGUGGAGUAUGAUGCCGAGGGAUUCACAAAACUCACUCUUCUACUCAUGUGGAAGGACUUUUGCUUCCUAGUUCACGUGGACCUCCCGCUGUACUUCCCUAGGGACCAGCCCACCCUCACCUUCCAGUCGGUGUACCACUUCACCAGCAGCGGCCAGCUCUAUUCUCAGGUGCAGAAGUCGUAUCCCUACAGCCCUCGCUGGGACGGCAAUGAGAUGGCGAAGAGGGCCAAGGCGUACUUCAAGAGCUUCAUCCCUCAGUUCCAAGAGGGAGCCUUCGCCAACGGGAAACUCUAGCACUCUCUAGCUUAAUGACAUGCCUGGAGAGCUGCCGGAGGGAGUGCGUAUGUGAGUGUGUGUUUGUGUUGUGUACCUGUAUAAGAGUAUGCACUGACUUACAUUUGUGGAAAUGUGCUGUACUGUGGCAGCACAGUGAGAAUGCUUUGCACACAGGCUCUGUGAAUUCCACAUGGUUUCACCUUGAAAUGGCGGCCUCUCAGUUCUUCCCUUUUUAUUUUAGUUUUAAUAAGAAGCCACUUUGGUGUAGAAGUCUAGAAGAUGUCCAGACACUGCACCAUGCAAAAACAAAAAUAUAAUAAGAAUAUAGCAGACGCAUAAACAUUGUCGAAUAUCACACAAUUUUAUGGGAUUAGGCUGAAAUGAUGUAAAGGACCUUUAUUUUGAAGAGAAACUCCAAACAACAACUUGUUCAAUCCAGAGCUGCCUCGCUGUGAAAGAUAUUUGAUGAUGUGUAAACAAUUAACUUCAUGUCAUUCAGAAAGAGCUGAAGGGUGAUCACGAUUGUCAAGUUUGUCUCCACUGUCGAUGUCAAAAUGAUCUACAACUAGUUUUUGCCUCAUUGUCUGUAUGUUCCAUUUGACCGUUCAAAGCCCUGUGAAGUCUUUUACUGACAGCUUGACGGACAGUACUGUAAAUUACUGAAUGUUUAGUCAAAAUGUCUGUGUAGUAAAGAAGUCUGUUUCCCCUGACGCCGCGUUUGAUCGUUUUGUUUGUUUGUGGUUUUGUGAUUUAAAUCUAAAUCUAAAUGGUUCCAUACCUUGAAAACAUCUUUGCUUAUGGACACUUGUUUUCAUCUCAAACCACAAGUGUGAUCUCUGUUUGUCAUCGCAAAUACAGUGUAUUUAAUUGUUUUCCAUUCAAAACGUAUAUAACGUAUAUAACAUCAAAGAUCACAUCACACGGAAUGGAUGGUAACGAUGGGAAGGAUUCCCAUGUUCGAGCUAUGCUAGGUGAUGUAUUUUAGGAACCUAUUUUGUUGUUUUUGUUGAAAUUUUCAUUAUAUCCUGCCCUCAAUCAAUAAAUCAAAUGCUCUGACAAAAAAAAGAAAGAGAUCCAUUAUCUGUGAGUGUUGUAGGACUGUUAAAAGCUCGUCCAAUCAUUACAUUCGGGCCGAAUGUAAUGAUUGGACGAGCUACCUACCUGCCUGUCUUCCUGCAUGCACUCUGCCCUCACACUCAUUGAGCUUUACCAGAGUCUUCCAUAAAGCUGCUAGCUUAACAACUGUGAGUACUUACAACAGCCAUGUUUAUUGUUUACGGUCUUAAUGAUAAUUUUAGGGGAGUGGCUUUGGGACGGACUGUCUGUGUUACCAACUUGGCAACCUUCUCACUAGAUGUAGCAACUUUUGGAGCUGGUAAUGCUACCUACUUGCAUUGUGAAAGAGUCUGCAACACUUGGCUUAUGUUACAUGUUGCAGAAAUUUUGGUAAACAAAGUAUCCGACAGUCGAUUGCACCGGAUUCCUUUUUGAAUCAGCGAUUAUUCACGAUGUCUACUCUAAAUUUCCAAACGGUUACCCAUCAUAUAGUAGAAGUCAGGGCAUCACAAAAAUCAUCAGGAUUCUUUGUCUGGAAACCAUAAAUGUUGGUACCAAUUUAUUUUGCUAAUCAAUCUUAAAGAUGUUUAAAUAUUUUAAUGGACAAGAUAAGAUAAGAUAUGAUCAUUUUACCUACUGGUGGUGCUGGGAGAAAAGGCAGCGGAUUACCAAAUUCAUAAGGCUUCAUCCUUUUGGGGACAAUCCCAGAAACUGAUAAUAUUCUUUUAAUGAAAAUGCCAUAACGCUGUUGUGUGAAAAUAAAAAGCAUUUUUAAGUGAAAGCUUUUUUAGCAGAACACAUCACCUUCAUAUUUGUGUGCAGCCCUCACUGACCUUCAAAUGUGUAGAGGUGUACUUAUGUGUGUCGCA